AUGGCGGAGAAAUCUCCGUACAUCGCUCCGCAACCGCGACAUCCGAAUGCCUCCUUCGACGGUCUGCCUUCCUCGAUACCAACAGAAUCGCACGAUAUCACGAGUCACAGAAGCCUAUUAGGUAGAGCCCUCGCAAGCGAAAAUACCAGCUCCAAUGCCACCCCCGCUCUUCCCGAAUCCAUUAUUUCGCCUGCCAUCACACCCCCCUCCACUCCAGGAGGCACCAUAAUCCGCACCCAACAAGCCUUUCAAGUCGAGCCACAUGACGCUCGAACACAUAAACAUGUACACAAGCCGCCCAAGUUGAUGGACCGCUUGCCGAAUGUCGAAUGUAUCGUUCGCGCACGAAUUCCGACCACAACGGGCGCCGAGAUGUUUCUCCAUUUAUAUCAAAACGACGCCGACAAUAAAGAGCAUUUGGCGAUUGUAUUUGGCAAUAAUAUACGGUCACGGAGUUUAGAUCGUGUACAGGAAGGGGAAACAGAGAUGGAUAGGAUGAUUCGAGGCGCUUAUGUCGGUAGACUACAUCCUGGUCGGGUGAGCAGUCGAUUUGAUGCCGAAGGUGGAUUGGGCGGAGAAGCGGCAGAUAAAUUGAGAAAGGCUCAACAAGCUCCUCUUGUGCGAAUUCAUUCUGAGUGCUAUACGGGUGAAACGGCUUGGUCCGCUCGAUGCGAUUGUGGAGAGCAAUUGGAUGAAGCUGCGCGGUUGAUGUCGAUGGCAUCAGAGUCGUCCUCCGAUCUUACUAUGGAUAAAGAUGGUCCAGUUAUUGAUAACACUACUUUAUCGUCUUCUAUCACUGAACCAACUUCCGGGAACGACGGUCCGGGAGGUGUGAUUAUCUACCUCCGACAAGAAGGCCGUGGAAUUGGCUUGGGCGAGAAGCUCAAAGCAUAUAACUUACAAGAUCUGGGCUCGGAUACGGUCGAAGCCAAUCUAAUUUUACGCCAUCCUGCGGAUGCCCGCAGUUACGGUCUUGCUACUGCCAUGCUUGUGGAUCUGGGACUGGGUGCCGACGCGUACCCAGAGGGUAUCCGACUGCUCACUAAUAAUCCAGAUAAGGUUUUGGCUGUAGAAGGCCCGAAUAGAGAAGUUCGUGUGAAGGAACGCGUUGCUAUGAUACCCAUCGCCUGGAGGACAGGCGGGCAGAAGGGUAUCAGGAGUAGAGAAAUAGAGGGAUACUUGCAAACCAAGGUCAGUCAUUGCAAUUUUCUUUGA